GCUGCCCGGGAAGCCGCGGCCGAGCCGGUCCCCAGCUCCGACAUGCGGGGCGGGCGAAGUUGAGCAGCCUCCCCUCCCCGGGACCCGCGUGCGCCCCUCCUGCCCCGGAGGCGCGCUGCUCUCCCGCGGAGGCGCGGCUCCAGGUGCGCGCAGGACACCCCCGCGCCCCGGGGCCCGGAAACUUCACCCCAAGUCCAAAGAGGGCCGCGGCCGGCCGUGUGCCGCGCCUGCCUGCUCGCCGGAGGAGCUGCCCCUGGGCGGAGACCCGGAGAAGAGCCGCUCCCCCGGGGCGUACCUGCGGCGCAGCGCGGGGGCUCGGGCGGCCUGGAUGCGCAGGACGCAGCCCCGCGGCCGCUGACGCCGCGCGGCGCCGAAGUUUGGCUGCUGAGCGGCGCGGGCGCCCCGGCGGCUGCGGGGAUGCCGGUGGGCGGGCUGCUGCCGCUCUUCGGCGGCCCCGCGGGCGGCGGCCUGGGCGGGGGGCUCGGCGGCGGGCUCGGCGGCGGGCUCGGCGGCGGCGGCGGCGGCAGGAAGGGCUCGGGCCCCGCCGCCUUCCGCCUGACGGAGAAGUUCGUGCUGCUGCUGGUGUUCAGCGCCUUCAUCACGCUCUGCUUCGGGGCGAUCUUCUUCCUGCCGGACUCGUCCAAGCUGCUGAGCGGGGUCCUGUUCCACUCCAGCCCCGCCCUGCCGCCGGCCGCCGACCGCAAGCCCGGGCCCGGGGCGCGCGCCGAGGACGCGGAGGCGGAGGGGCGAGCCCGGCGCGGCGACGGGGACCCCGCGGCCGCCCUGGAGGACAACUUGGCCCGGAUCCGCGAGAACCACGAGCGGGCUCUCCGGGAAGCCAAGGAGACCCUGCAGAAGCUGCCCGAGGAGAUCCAGAGGGACAUCCUGCUGGAGAAGGAGAAGGUGGCCCAGGACCAGCUGCGCGACAAGGCGCUGGCGAGGCGGCUGCCGCCGCUGGACUUCGUGCCCCCGGUCGGGGCGGUGGCCCGGGAGCCGGCGGACGCCGCGGUCCGCGACAAGAGGGCAAAGAUCCGGGAGAUGAUGAAACAUGCUUGGAAUAAUUAUAAGCGUUAUGCCUGGGGAUUAAAUGAACUGAAACCUAUAUCAAAAGAAGGCCAUUCUAGCAGUUUGUUUGGUAGUAUUAAAGGAGCAACAAUAGUAGAUGCCCUGGAUACUCUUUUUAUAAUGGAAAUGAAAGAUGAAUUUGAAGAGGCAAAAUCAUGGGUUGAAGAAAAUCUAGAUUUUAAUGUGAAUGCUGAAGUUUCUGUCUUUGAAGUAAACAUACGCUUUGUUGGUGGACUACUCUCAGCCUACUAUCUAUCUGGAGAAGAGAUAUUUCGAAAGAAAGCAGUGGAACUUGGGGUGAAAUUGUUACCUGCAUUUCAUACUCCAUCUGGAAUACCUUGGGCAUUGCUGAAUAUAAAAAGUGGAAUUGGAAGGAACUGGCCCUGGGCCUCAGGAGGCAGCAGUAUUUUGGCAGAAUUUGGAACUCUGCAUUUGGAGUUUCUCCACCUGAGCCACUUAUCAGGAAACCCCAUCUUUGCCGAAAAGGUAAUGAAUAUUCGAACAGUACUGAACAACCUGGAAAAACCACAAGGCCUUUAUCCUAACUAUCUGAAUCCCAGUAGUGGACAGUGGGGUCAAUAUCAUGUAUCAGUUGGAGGGCUCGGAGACAGCUUUUAUGAAUAUUUGCUAAAGGCGUGGUUAAUGUCUGACAAGACAGAUCUAGAAGCUAAGAAGAUGUAUUUUGAUGCUGUUCAGGCAAUCGAGACUCACUUGAUCCGCAAGUCUAGUACGGGCCUGACUUACAUCGCGGAGUGGAAGGGGGGCCUCUUGGAACACAAGAUGGGCCACCUGACCUGCUUUGCUGGAGGCAUGUUUGCACUAGGGGCUGAUGACGCUCCCGCAGGCCUAACCCAACACUACCUUCAGCUCGGGGCUGAAAUUGCCCGGACCUGUUACGAAUCUUACAAUCGCACAUAUAUGAAACUGGGACCAGAAGCUUUCAGAUUCGAUGGCGGUGUUGAAGCCAUUGCUACAAGGCAAAAUGAAAAAUACUACAUCCUACGGCCAGAGGUUGUUGAGACGUACAUGUACAUGUGGCGACUGACUCAUGAUCCAAAGUACAGGAAAUGGGCCUGGGAAGCCGUAGAGGCCCUGGAAAAUCACUGCCGCGUGAACGGAGGCUAUUCAGGCCUAAGGGAUGUUUACCUCCGACACGAGAGUUAUGACGAUGUACAGCAGAGUUUCUUCUUGGCAGAGACACUGAAAUAUUUGUACUUAAUAUUUUCUGAUGAUGAUCUGCUUCCACUGGAACACUGGAUCUUCAAUACCGAGGCACAUCUUCUCCCUGUACUCUGUACGAAUAAAAAGGAAGUCGAAGUCAAUGCAAAAUAAAAAAGAUCUUUUAUAUUUUA